AUGCCUAUCAGCAAGAAAGACAGACGCGCUCGCGAGCACAAGGCCGCUGAGAAAGCGGGUACUCGUACCGCCGUGAAAGCCAACGGCCUUCCCGUCAAGGCCCCGAAGCCCACAUCCAUCUGUCAAAACUGCCGCAAAGAGAUUGUGAAUACCAACAAGAUCCAGUUGGAGGUCCAUGCUGGUACUCACGACGAGAAGCUGUGGCCCAAGGAGAAGUGCUGGCCUAACGACUUUUGA